CUGGGGCUCCAAUCCCUGCCUGACUAGCUGGAGAACCUCGACUUCAGUUUUCCCAUCUGUCAAAUAGAGGAGAUCGGACGAGGUGGACUCCUUAAUCGCUCUGGGUCCCAUGUCUUUGAACUGGAGGGACUUCACCUGGAUCACAAGAUAUUAAUCCGAAUCCAUCAACUUUUAAUAUUUAAUAUCCUGAAAGCUCUAUUUAUGAUGUGACUUUAGAACCUAUAAGCAGUAAAAGAAGAACCAGGAAUAGGAUCCUGGGCUCCUCUCCCUUCUGACCUUCCUCAUCUCCCUGGUUGUGGCGGAUCAUGGCUGACGUAGACACAGAUUUUAACCUGAAGGUUGUUCUAGUCAACUUCAAGCAAUGCCUCAGCGAAAAGGAGGAGGUUCUCAUGGACCCUUAUCUGACUGGCUGGAAAGGACUUAUCAAGUUUCUGAACAACCUUGGUGCUGUUUUCGCCUUCAUCUCCAAGGAUGUGCUGACCAAAGUCCAGAUCAUGGAGAAAUUCCGCAACAGUGAACAGAAGGAAAAUUACUUUAGCCUGCAAUCCAUGGUGAAAUAUGAGAUAAGCAACAACCUGGUGGACUUCCAGAAGCGUGCCGACCAUCCAGAUUCUGGCUGCCGAACCAUCCUUCGUCUGCACCGGGCCCUACACUGGCUGCAAUUGUUCCUAGAUGGGCUGAGGACAAGCCAGGAGGACUCCAAGACCUCAUCCCUCUGCACAGACUCCUACAACAUUGCUCUGGCCACCUACCACCCUUGGCUCAUCCGCAAAGCUGUCACCGUGGCUUUCUGCACCCUGCCUUCCCGCAACGCCUUUCUCGAGACCAUGAAUGUGGGCACCCCCGAGGAAGCUGUGGAGAUGCUCAGUGAUGCCAUGCCCUUCAUUGGCCAGGUCUACCAGCUCUCCCAAAAACUCUUCGAGGAGAAUGCACUGCUGGACCUUCCAUAGCUGAGGGGAGGCCAGGUCCUAGGGUGACUCUCCCACCUUAGACACCAGGUUAAGAGGCUACAACCCAUACCACUCACUGAUGCUUCAGUUGGAGUUCUCUUGGUUUCUCUUUCCCCAUCUUCCAUCAACCUUGGACUUGAAUGGGAAUAGGUAUUUGGAAAAUUGGGUGGCUCUCUUCAAAGAAGAAUCAAAGAAUCAUUGAUGAAAUGUGGAUUGGAGAUCAAUGGAAACCAGAGGGCCAGGUUUGUGUCUUGAGGGUGGCUGGUUUCCGCUAUUCUUGACCUGCCUACUGUUUGAAGCAUCAGAAAUAAUCUUAAGUAAAAUCACGUGGCCUCUGGGGAAGUCAGACAGCUCUACCCAUUCCUUGAACGGCUUACUCCCCUAAUCAAAAGCCGAAAGAAGAAAACUUAUUUUAUCUUUUAUUUUGAAUCACAUUGCAGUGCCUAGGCUGCAAACAGAAGUAUGUGCAAUUAAAUAUCUUAUCUGUUUUGAUGUUAACUUCUGCCCAAAAAAAGCAUUUUACUGUUUAAAGAAAGAGUUGGGGAUCAGAGAAGAAGCCAUCUUAGAGUUAAGUUCAUGGAGCUCUCGUCUUCAUUUCUGACUAUUUUAUCAGCCUCAUCUGAGACGGUUCUUUAGUGAAACAUAAAACCUCUGGGUCCAAUCUAGUUAUCUCAGGGGCAAAAUAAUUUCUUUCCUUUUCCAGUCUCUCAUACACUUUAUAUGUAAGGUAAGCAUUUACAUGCAUCCAAAGGUUAUCACCUUCUGCUCAUGGGUCUCUAGCAAGGGAAGCAACAACUUUUAUAGGAUUUCCCCAGGUGCUCUCAGAGAGCUGGAUUUUUUUUUAAGUGUCUCAGGUGUCUUACCAAAGACAGUAUUGUCAUCCAUACCACUGAUGGUGUUUUCUCUCCUUGAAUGCCAGCCACUGAGUAAUGAUGAACCAACUGCUAGGCAAUGGUCCCAUCAGGCAAAGAGGCUGACUUUGGGGUGCUCAGCCUUAGCCAUGCACAUAGUAUUAAAGAGUUAAGCACAUCCCUGCCUGGCAUGAGAUUUGGGGGCAUUUCCUGAUCUCCUGACAGAAAUGCUGUGGCCAUGGAGCAGAAUUCCUGACCGGACCUCAUUGCAGGCUAUUACUUAAAAUCCUGCAGGCUGCUGGAUGGCCAUUCAUAGCCCAUCAUCAACAGUGUUAAUGGCCAGCUCAUCCCACCAGAGAGAGAGCACAAGCUGCCUCCUAGGCCCUUCUCUUUAGAGGGGUCUCCCUUAGAAAAAGUCCCUCAGGAAAAUACCUGUUCCUGAAUGGUUAUCCCCAAGAUUGCAUCCUUCCUGGGACUCACAUUUUCAGAUGAUGAUUUUCCCUGGAAAGCACUUAACAGUUAUCACCAAACCUGCAACUCUCCUGGAACUGAACCUCCCCACCCAAAGGGGGUUCCCUCUGAAAGAUGCAAGAAGUAGAGGACCUUCUCUUUUUAUAGCCACUGAAAUGCUGCUUGUAGGGGCAUGUGCUGCCCCAAGCAAAUCCCCUCACCUGCACCCCCCAAAGAGACCUGAGGACCAAGUUUUCUGUCUUAGCUUUCAAACUAGUAUUCAUCAAAUUGUGGCUUCUGUGAGAAUCGCUUGGUGAGACCCCCAAAGGCUGUUGCUUGACCCAGUGUUUUGAAUAUGAGAUAGAGGAGCUCAGGGCACAGUAGUCAUCCUUCCCUCAUGUGGCACAGCUUCCCAUCUUUGUCCCUGCUGGGCUUCCCUGAUUGCUCUCCUUUCCAGUGCUGUUCUCUUGACCUACAAGAUUCCCUGCCAGGGGGAUGGGCUUCUAUCCUCGGUACCUGCCCUAUGGAGGGGUGGCAGCAGCCUUGAGUGGAGAGGAGAGGGAGCCCUGAGAUCAGCUGUUUCCUGAGAGCUGGCAACUUGAGAGAGGAGGUGCUAUUCUGCACUGUGCCCCAAUGGUUUCCCAAGAAAUGGAAGCAUUGGGUUCUUCCAUGGGGGCCAGAGGAGGGGGAGUAACAAGAGGGGCUUCUCAUGGCUCUGUUGCCCAUAUGGUAUCAGCUGGAUGCCGUUGACCAGAUGAUUCGAACACUGGUCUGAGCUUGGAAUCAUUAGCUGUGCCACAGCUGAGGAGCAUGGGGGGGUACCUGGAUUUGCCUUGUGUGCCCCUCCCCUGGAUUUUCUGCUGCUGUCCAUCUGCCCCUGAUUGCACAUUCCCUGGGAGUUCUGCCUCCUGCUAAUCUGUCCUUGAUGCGUUGUUCCCUUGGAGAUCACUCCCCAUAAGUCAGUGUGCCCUUUGUGUAACCUGUGUCCAGCAGCACUGUGUGACUUCAUUCUUUGGAGGGAAUUAUAAUAUAUUUGGUUAUUUUUGCAUUUAAAAUAAAUCAUACUUGGUGGA